GUCUGCCGAUAGUACCAAAAGAUUUCACCGCUUCAAUUCUGGGUUGCACAACUGUCCGUCUGACCUGGAAGGCACCAAAUAUCUCACAGCCAUGGGGACGCCAGUAUCUUCUCACUGUCUCCAGUCGCACCUUCACCAAGAGCUAUAAGCUGCAGAAGACAGAAGACACAAUAAACAACCUGGUGCCAGCUUCCACCUACAAUUUCACUCUCCAGGCUCUUGACAAGAAUGGCAGGCCUUUCCGUGCUGGAGCACUCAUUCCCGUUCAAAUGCCAGCCUGUGCCGUGCCAGUGCCAAGAGACCUGACUGCUUCCGCUGUCAGUCCCACAACCAUUCGUGUGACUUGGAAGCCACCAACUGAUUCAGGUGUCAUCGGAGACAAGUAUCAGGUGACUGUCCGCAAUGACACCUAUCAGGACAAGGUUAUGGUGACGAAGCCAGAAUUCAUACUACCCAAGGCGAAUCCAAAUUCAGUUUACAAUUUCACUGUGUCUGCUACUGACAGGAGUGGCAAGCCUUUCCCUGCAGCCGCCUCCAUAUCCGUGAAAAUGAAAGUCAGCCGUAAGUUUCCACUAUCAUCAAUGACGUACCCUAUGUUUGCUAAUAAAUGA